GCAGAAGCCGGGAAGAGGCUGACGGUGCGCCAGGUCUGAGCCGCGGAAGGUUGGCAGAGACCCGAGGGCGUCGAGGAGGUGAGGAGGGGCGAGCCGCCGCGGGAGGCAGCUGGACGAGCGGAGAGUGGGCGCAGGGUGGCCAGGGCAACUGAGGUGAAGCCAUGUGGCAGCUUCCUAUCCUGCUGGCCCUGUGGUUGGGCUCAGUGGGCAUGGGCAGGGCCGAGCUCACAGGGGUGCAGCACAGAGCCCUACAAGUGGCCCUGGAGGAGUUCCACAAGCACCCACCGGUGCAAUGGGCCUUCCAGAAGACCAGUGUGGACAGCGCUGUGGACACGCCCUUCCCAGCAGGCACCUUUGUGAGGUUGGAAUUUAAGCUCCAGCAGACAAACUGCAGGAAGAAAGACUGGAAGAAACCUGAGUGCAAGGUCAAGCCCGCUGGGAGGAAGCGAAAAUGCCUGGCCUGCAUCAAACUGGACUCCGAAGAUAAAGUUCUGGGCCGGAUGGUCCACUGCCCCAUACAGCAAGGACGAUGGCAGGAGCCCCAGGAACACCAGGAGACGCAGUGCAGCAGGGUGGAGCGGGCUGGCGAGGACCCCCACAGCUACUACUUCCCUGGACAAUUUGCCUUCCUGAAGGUGCUGCCCGGCAGCUGAGCCCUGCACUGGUAGGCAGCCGGGGCUGGAGAAGGCUGCGGUGGACUGUGGGGGAGGGAGGGAUGGGUUAGAGCCGCAGGCAAGCUGGGACUCCCUACCCACAGCUCAGUGCGUUCUUUGUAGAAUUUUGUCCCACUUCCUGCACAGCUGAGCAGGGUGCCUUGUGGAAGGCCCUCCCUCUCAGGCCAAAGAUCCAUUCAUAUCCUGAGCUAAUAAAACUGCUCUCAGA